AUGAAUCCUUAUUUGGCAUCAGCUAAUACGCUUAUUACAAAGUUUUCCGCUACAUGUUAUUUUCUGAUGGAGUCGGACAACGAUAUAAACAGCCACUAUAACAAUGUAUGCGAUUCAUUUGAUCGUAUGAAUUUAAAAGAAAAUCUUUUACGUGGAAUAUUUGCAUAUGGUUUUGAAAAACCUUCCGCCAUACAACAAAGAGCUAUAAUUCCAUCAAUUGAAGGACGUAAUGUCAUAGCUCAAGCUCAGUCGGGCACUGGGAAAACAGCCACGUUUAGUAUUGCCAUUUUACAACAAAUCUGUACGAACGAUCCACGUUGUCAAGCCUUAGUAUUGGCUCCAACUAGGGAACUAGCGAAACAAAUUCAAAUGGUUGUUCUAGCACUUGGUGAUUAUAUGAAUAUUAGUUGUCAUGUUUGUAUUGGUGGUACACAAGUGUCCACUGAUAUUGAACAAUUACAAUUAGGUCAACAAAUUGUAGUUGGUACACCUGGACGUGUAUUAGAUAUGAUUAGUCGUGGUUAUCUACGUACACAAACAAUUAAAUGUUUUGUAUUGGAUGAAGCAGAUGAAAUGCUUAGUUUAGGAUUUAAAGAUCAAAUUCAAGAAAUAUUCCGAUCACUUAAUUCAUCUGUUCAAAUCAUUUUAUUAUCUGCAACAAUACCAAAUGAAGUAUUAGAAAUAUCUAAACAUUUUAUGCGUAAUCCAGUACGUAUAUUAUUAAAACAAGAAGAAUUAACAUUAGAUGGUAUACGUCAAUUUUAUGUUAAUGUUGAACAAGAAGAAUGGAAAUUAGAAACAUUAUGUGAUUUAUAUCAAACAAUAACAAUAACACAAGCAGUAAUAUUUUGUAAUUCACGUAGAAAAGUUGAAUGGUUAACAAAUGAAUUAAUUGAACGUGAUUUUAUUGUAUCAGCAAUGCAUGGUGAAAUGGAACAAAUAGAACGUGAUAAUAUUAUGACAGCAUUUCGUAGUGGUUCAAGUCGUAUAUUAAUUUCAACGGAUCUAUUAUCACGUGGUAUUGAUGUACAACAAAUAUCAUUGGUGAUUAAUUUUGAUUUACCAACAAAUUUAGAAAGUUAUAUACAUCGUAUUGGUCGUGGGGGUCGUUUUGGUCGUAAAGGUGUUGCUAUCAAUUUUGUUACAUUAGCUGAUCAACGUUUAUUAAAAGAUUUAGAAAACUUUUAUAGUACAAAAAUUAUUGAAUUACCAAUGGAUGUAGCUAAUUUAUUCUAAACAACUAAAAAGGUAUAUCUUCAUAGUCUAAUACCUACACACACACACACACACACUUGAAUAUCUAUCUAUCUAUAUAUAUAGUUGCGAACCUUCAUUCAUUCAUUCGAAAAAAACAAGCUUUCUAUUCUUCAUUAUGCACACACACACAUAUCUACAUCGAUUUUUUUGUAUCAAAGAAAAAAGAAUCUAUCGAAUAAGUAUUUCUUCUCCUCCUACUUCACUCCUACUUCUUCUCCUCCUUCUUGUUCCUGUUCUUCUUCUUUUUCUUCUUCUCCCCCUUCUCCUUCUUCCUUCUUCUCCUUCCUUUCCCGUUCUUCUUCUUCUUCUUCUCCUCCUCCUCCUUCCUCUUCUUCUUCUCCUCCUUCGUCCUGUUCUUCUUCUUCUCCUGUAUUUCAGUAUCAUCUGCACAAAGUAAAAGUAAACAAACAAGCAGACUAAUCAAUCAAUAUUAAAUCAUAUAUGUAAUAUGAUUUCUAAUCUUUAUUCGACUUUGCUUCAUUUAUAAGGUUCUCGUUGUUGCUAUGGUUAUUGCUGUUGUUGUUGUUCUUGUCGUCGUCGAUAAUUCACUAUUACUUUUUCUUCUUCUUUAAUAUCACUAUUAAUGAUACUUGUUCAUUGUUACUUUUAAUGAAUAGUAUAUCUAAUGUAUAUGCCAAUGAUUGAAUUCAUGUUAAACAAUGUUCAAUUAUUCUUUAGUCUCUGACUAGUCGUUCUUUCUUUCUCUUCUUUCAUAGGAUGAAUCGUCGUCGUCUUCUCCUUCCUUCUUUUUCCUUCUUCUUCUUCUUCUUCUUCUUCUUCUUCUUCUUCUCUAUUUCGGUUUCAUAUGAUUGAUAAUCUUUAUUCAACUAUGAUUUAUUUAUAAAGUUCUCUUUGUUGUUGUUGCUAUGGUUAUUGUUGUUGUUGUUGUUGUUGAUGAUAAUUCACUAUUACUUCUUCUUCGAUAAUAAUAAUAAUACCUGUUCAUUGUUACUUUUAAUGAAUAGUAUAUCUAAUGUAUAUGCCUAUUUGAUUGAAUUAAUGUUAACCAAUGUUCAAUUAUUCUUUAGUCUCUGACUAGUCCUUCUUUCUCUUUCUCUACUUUCAUAAGAUGAAUCGUCGUCAUGGUCUUCUUCUUCUUCCUGCUCUUCUUCUAAUCGGUUAGUUGUGUAUAGAAAAUAGUUGCUUCAUAUUUCUAUAUUCUAUUCUAUCCAAAAUGAAUCUUAUUUCUUUAGUAAGUAGUAUAUAACUUUAUUAUUAGAAAAUUUUUCAAUCUACCUAGUAAUAUAGAUCAACAACUUUGGUUGUGAUAAGUUACAACUGCUGUAAACAACAUUCAAAUGAUAUUUACCAUUUGCUUACUGCCGAUUUUCUCCUUUUUUUUUGUUUUCUUUUCUUUCGAUUGUUGCUAAGAGCAUCAUUAGCCCCCCUUUCCUUAUCUUACCUUAAUAAUAUAAUAUUAUAUAUGAUUGUUAUCUAUCAUUUAACUACAUAUUCUAAUGUAUGUUGAAUGUAGUUCUUUGAAGAGAGAGCAAGAGAAAGCGUGUGUGUGUGUGUGGUGUUCUUCAGUUGUUCCUGCUAAAAGUGGAUGGAGGGGGGAAUAUCAUCCAAAUGAAAGUGGAACUUUGUUUUUUUUUUGUAAAUGUGAUUAUUCGUUCUAUACAUCUCUUUCUGUCCUUCUGACCUUCUAUGAUGGUCAAUUAUUUGGAUCUCACUUUUUUUUCUCUUCUUCUUUUGUGUUGUUUGUCAUUUUAAACCUGUAUCAUCAUUGCUACUGAUAAUAUUAUUAUUAAUUCUCUUUAAAGA